AUGUUCUCGGAUGGAGCGCAGGCCCAACUCUCGGAGCCGAUUACAAGGUGGGAGAGUGCCGAUGGAGCAGAUCAGAGCGUUCUGGCUCAACGAUUGCGUUUUCCGUAUGCCAGUAAUGUGGUUGCUCCGAAUCGUUUCAUGAAAAGUGCUAUGAGUGAACAGUUGGCCACAUUCGAACAGAAUGAUAUGCAGUCGAGUGGUAUACCAACUCGUGAAUUGACGCACCUCUAUGAGAAGUUUGCAGAUGGAGGUUUUGGUAUCGUUGUUACGGGUGCAAUUAUGGUGAAUCAAGUCAUACGACCGUUGCAGAAAUGUGACGGUUCAUUUGAUAAGAAGGACCUGGAAGCUCCAGGGAACGUGAUAAUUGAUCAGAGCCUAGAAUCGGAGGAUAGGCGAGUGCUAUUUGAAGACUGGACGAAGACUGCGAAGAAAAACGGAAGCGUAUUCCUUGCUCAACUAUAUCACCCGGGUAAUCGAGCGGCAAAUUUACCGAACAAGGUUAAAUUUGAUGCGAGUACGAUAGGAGGUAAAAGGAUCAAUGCACUCAUCGACGAAUACGUGUAUGCUGCCACAUUCGCACAGCAAUGCGGGUUCGACGGUGUUGAGAUUUCAUGCGCGUACCAUUCAGCGCUGGAGCAGUUUAUCGAUGCAAAUACCAAUAAACGUUCGGAUGAUUAUGGUGAAUCGUUGCAAAAUCGAACACGUCUUCUUUUCCAGAUCAUUCACGCUAUACGGUUGAAAGUUCAACGGCCAAGCAGUUUUGUGAUUGGUGUGAAACUAUCGUCAGGUAGUUUCGAGAAGGAUUAUAAAGAAGAGGAAUUCGAGCAGUUCAUUCGCAAUGUUGAGAAAACCGGUUUCGAUUACAUUGCGAUCAGCGGUGGUCAUUUUUAUUUGCUGAAAGGGAUGCAUGGACUCGACUCGAAAAGUGAAAAACACGAAAAAUUCUAUCAAACUCUUCUCCCAAUCAUCAAACGUAAUCUAACAAGGACAAAGCUUUAUAUGAAUGGCGGAUUUGUGACUCUGGCGGAUAUGUGCGAGGCAAUCACAGAUAGAUGGGCUGCCGGUGUUUCGUUGGGCAGGCCGGUCGCGGCUGAACCAGGAUUACCCAAAAAACUUCUGGAUGGUGAAGUGAAAGGUGCUGUUAAAUCAUUGAUUGAUCCCCUCGACUCAGCCACAUCGCAAGAUAUCGCUGGAACACAACUCUGGCAACAUGCUUGGCAACUCCCCGUAAUGGAUGCUUCAAAUCCGGAACAUUUGGAGCAGUUCAAGAAAGAUCUAGCUGCACAUGAAGAAAAGAAAGCGGCCGCCGAGAUAGAGCAUACAUUACCAAUAGUUGGCUAUCCAAAAACCGUAUUGUGUGCUGAACAUAAAGACGAACAUCAGGCAUCACCAGUUGCUGUCAGUGAAGCUGGUGCCAGUGUCAGUGAGCAUCCGAAAGGAGAAGACGAGAUCAUAUUACUGGAUUCUGAUGCAAAAGAACCGAGACAUGAAGAAGAUAACGUAAUGACUGAAGAAUACACCCAUCACGUUGUCAAAAAACAGUUGGACAAUGCUGAUGCACCAAGCACAUUACAUGAGAAUACUGUUGAGGAUAUUCUGCAUACGGUUGUGAAACGUUCGAAGGAUGACGAAUAUGAAAGCUUCGAGAUCACUGAAGAAACUAUCGAAAAAGUCACCCGAACUGACCAAGUUUAUGCUGAACCUCCAAAAGAUGGUGGCCACUACGAGGGUUCACCUCAGGAUGAACACAUCGAAAUCACUGAAGUAUCAACAUCCAAAGAGCAUCCAGAGGGAGUGGAAUCUGAAAUUGUUGAGAAACGCGUAGUGCACGAUGAUGCAGCUCCACCUCGACCAGAACAGCCGUCAUCGGAAGAAACCGAUGGAUUGCAGGAAAUUGUUGAUAAUGUUGCUGCAAAGGUUGAGGAAUUGGCAGAAGACGUCACUGAGAGAGUUGAAGAGAUUAAGGAGCCAAUUGAAGAGGUUGCUCGCAAGGUGGUGCGUGACGUAGUCGGUGAAUCAGUUGCUGAACCGGAGACAGUUACUGAAAUUCACGCUGCCAUUCAUGAAUCAGCCCCAGUUGAUGAGUCAGCUUCAGCUUACGAAUCAGCUCCAGCCCAUGAAGCAGCACUAGCCCACGAAGUGUCGACGACUCAUGAAGAAGCCGUGGCCCAUGAACAUGAUAAGAUAAUUGAGGGAUCUCCAGCUGAUGAAAUAGUCGCAGAACCCGAAAUAACUAAAGACCUCGCUAGUGAUCGCGUUGAACCUGUUGAAGAGGCAGAACAUAUCAGUAAAGAACAACAAAGUUUGGAUGACAACGUCACGCCUGUGAGCUAUUUGGUAUUCUUGAAUAAUGAUCGCGAUGUAGUUCAUGGAGAGGAACAGCCAACGGAAGACGUGCUCAGUCUUGAGGAAGAGAUCCAAGUUGUAAAAGUUGGAGGACUCGCCGAAGCUGCUCCCGUUAAGGCCAGACCAGAGCAUGACGAAGGAGCUGCAAAACCUAUGGCAGAAAGUGAAGCUGUAAAGGCUGAAUCUUUGCGAGAUGAAACAGCAGACAAUGAGCAGAUUCAGAAAGUUGUAUUAGAGAAAGAACAUCAUGAAAUUGGUUCGCAGGAAGAACAUCCUAAAGAAGAGGUAACAGAAGAGAAAGAGCAUCAUGAAAUUGUUUCACAGGAAGAACGUCCUAAAGAAGAGGUAUCAGUAGAAAAAGAACAAGAUGAACUUGUUCCACAGGAAGAACAUCCCAAAGAAGAGGUAUCGGAACAGAAAGAACAUCAUGAACUUCUUUCACAAGAAGAACAUCAUGAGGAAAAGAUAUCGGAAGACAAGGAACAUCAUGAACUUGUUUCACAAGAAGAACAUCCAAAGGAAGGGGUAACAGAAGAGGAGCAGGUUAAGACGGAGGAUUCAACAGGAGAGCAUCCUGAUAAGAUGUCAGUGGAGGAGUUCAUCAAGAAGGAGUUAAGUAGUGAAGAGCAGCAUCCCGAGACAACAAUAUUAUCCGAACAAGAGCAUCUCAAGGAAGAGAUGCCGAUGGAAAAACAUCCGAAGGAAGCAUCUGAGGAAGAAUGUUUGAAGGAAAAGGUCUUAGAUGAUGAACAUCCUCAAGGAGUAUCAGAAGAAGAGUUCACUAAAAAAGAAGUAACCCAUGAUGAACAAACUCCUGCAGCUGAAGUAUCAGAGCAUGAACAUCUAAAGGAUAAGGAACAUAUUGAGGAGAUACAUCUUCAAGAAGAGCAUUCAGAGAAGCAACCUGAAGAAAGUGAGGAGGUAUGUGUGGAGAGUGAGGCGCAUUUAGAAGGGAAAGGAAGGGAAAAAGAAACGAGCAAUGAGAUAAUCAGUGGUCUUAAUGCAUAUGAUGAGCCGCUCAUCUCAGGCAUUGUUGUGGAAGGAACAGGUCACGAAUUACGUCCUGAGCCUGAAGGGGCGGUUACCGAGGAGGUUGAGUACGUUGAAGCACAUCCUGCCGAGUCGACGUUGAUAGAGGAAGAAGAUAAAAUGGCAAAAGUGGAUCAUGAACCAAUAAGUGAGCAAGAUCAACAGCAUUCAACAGGAGAAAUGAUCGUAGAAACGGUCGCUGCUCCCAUCGGAAGCGUUAUCGAGGAACAUGUUGAGAAAAUAACAAAGAUCGUUGAUCAGUCACCAGUUGGUCACGAUGCUGAAGUUGAAUCAGAUGACAAAUCUCAUGAAGCUAAAAUCAUUUCGGAUGGGAAGUUAACUGCAAUGGAAGAAAUGAAAAAGAGCGAUGAGGAUGGGAGUAAAGUCAGUGAUAAAAUAAGCGAUUUUGUUGGUGGUUUGAAAGAGCACGUUGAAGAUGCUGUUGACCACAUUGAAGAGACUGCCAGCAAGAUCACAACCGAUCUUAAUGAAGCCGUUUUCGGUGAAUCAACCGAACAACAUGAGCCACUUGUGGGGCAACAAAGUGAGGUGGAUGGAUCGCCGAAGCGACAUGGCUCACUUUUUGGCUCAUCUGCCGAAAGCGACAAACCAACAGUGGUUGAAGAGGCCACCGAAGAGCAUAUUGAAGAUAAGCCUGAAGCAUCGGAACGAGAAAGUGAAUUCGAUAAGGUUGUUGAUAUUGCAGGAUCACCAGCCAUUUCACAUGAUCAAAUUGAUGUCGCUGAAAUGAGGCAUGACGAAGUGAGUAAAGACGAUGAUACGGAUCAUAUCACUUCAUCAACAACAACUACAGCUGUAACGUCAUCGAGUGGACAUGAUCAAACCGAUGAUAAGCCACAAGAACAUGAACCUGUUGUUGUUGCUGCUGCCCCUGAGAAGAAAUCACAUAGUGGUUUCAGUUUCAUCACUUCGGCGCUUCCAGAUUCAGUUCAGAGUUUAUUCUCGUCAAAGAAAACAACCACAACUGUGACAACUACAGAAAUGACUGAUGGUGAUAAAACAAUAACUGCAACGAAAACAAGCACACAGCAAUCGUCAGAUCCAUCGAAGAGUUCGACAUUUGGCGACGACUUCGUAAGUGACACAGCCGACGCGUAUCACCGAGCAUUCGAUCGUAUUGAGCACGACCUACGAUCGUUUGAGUUAAGUGAUUCCAAACAACCGUCGCACAGUAGCUUCGUCGAAACGAUAUCUUCGAAACAGACCAUCGGUGGUUUAUCUCCUGAACAUAGUGAUUAUGAUUCAGCACACCAAUCAGUAACAGCCCUUCGCUCAGAUAUACUGCCGCCAUCUACUCUGGAUGGUAAAUCUUCAGAUGCAGCAGCUGAUGACUUAUUGCAAAAAGAAUUUCACCAUGAGAAACGUGUCAUCAUAGAAUCGCAUGACGGUAAAACGCAUGGCCAUGUGUUCGAGAAUUCAUCCGAUCAAAAGAGUGCACAUGAAAUGGACUUCGAAUUUAUUCAUUAA